AUGGAAGAACAGAAGAUGAACCUUACCACUCUUGCCCAAAUAAUUGACUUCUUUGAACAGAACUAUAAUGAUACCAAAGAGGAUUCGUAUGCUGUUGCCAUCAAUGUACCGAGGAAUCAAUGUCAAGGCAACUUUGAUCCUUCAAAUGAGAACUUCUUGACUCUAGAGAAGAAUGCAACAUGUAUGUCAGGUGGCUAUGACAUUAUACCAAACCUUGAAAACUUGAAACAUCACACUGGAAUUAAAGCCUUUGUCUUCAAGAAAGUCUAUGAGGCAUCACUGAGGGGUCUCAUCAUCCUCUACCUACUUCAUCUGUGUGUUCAAAGCAUUCAGGGGGAUGUGAACCCUGCUGCCCUUGCUAAAAUGAUCCAGUAUUUUGAUGACAAUGUCCAGCCAACCAGCCACCCUGAUGUUCAGUAUGUAAUGGUGAUUAUUGUCCCAAAGGCUCAGUGUACAGAAGAACAAUCUGAUAUCCAGACUGUGUUCAGCAGGGAAGAUGCAGAAAAUGUGAGAAAUUUUCUCAAUAAAGGAGAAAAAUGUGUACUCUGCACAUCAUCAAAAAAUGUAAUUGCUGCACGGCCAACUAAAAAACCAAAGGAACAUGCUGAACAUGUUCUGCUCUAUCCACUCAGUAAUUCUCCCAUGGACAAACUUCUAGCAGAGACAAAUGAGAACAGCUGUGUAGUUUUCUAUUCGCACAACUCACCUUGUGUGACGAGGUGCAUUGAGGGUCAAGAAAAGAUUCUGGAUGGCCUUUCAAACUGGAAAAAUAUCAGAAAAGAGGCAAUGAAUAUUUUUGUGUUUAAUAAGAUCUGGCAGAAGGACGCGUGGAGGAAGGAUAUGGCUAAAGAUCUCCUAACGAUUCAUGAGCAAGUGCCUCUUUAUCGGUGUACGAGAACAAAUGUGAUGGAAUGUCAGAAAUGUGUGGAAAGAAACAAUGGGGAUGUGAUUGCUUUCUGUCUGCCUAAAGUUUAG